GGGCAAGGGUUGCUAGUCGACUAGCGUGACUCCGCAAACGCGGGUCUCCGAUCCCUCUUUCGGCCUAUAUAACGCUAUUUAUUUCCAAUAAAAACAGCAAAAACACAAAAACAAACAUAGUACAAAAAUAAAAGUCAAGAAUAGAAAACUAGAAAAUAAAUUUUUUCAAAAAAAAACCACUAGACAAAAAGUAUGCUCACUUUCAAAGAAACUACCAGUGCGCAAAAUCCAAACGGAAAUGAUAAAAGUCUUCAAGAAUUUGAUAUUUUCCGAUUCAUCAAAUCAGGAUCAAAAGUCAGAGGCCUUUGACACACUUUUUUAGUCAUUGUCCCAAAUUUUUAAUCGAUUUCGCCCCCUUCAAAAAAAAAUUGUGAUUAUUAGCCAAGAAAAUUGUCAUUGUUAACGAAAACCCAAACCGGUUGUUUGGUAUGUUUUCAAAAUCAGUUUCGCGGGCAAUUUUCAUUUUAUAUAAAAAAAGUUUUCUAAUGAUAAAAAUGUUUUCGAUUUUUAUCUACACAAUUUGAUAAUACAAAAAUUCGAAAAUCAAAUAUAAACGAAGAGAAAUCGAUAAAGGAUUUUUCGUGAAAAUAAAAGAAAAAAGAAAUAUAUUUUUCAAGAAAUAAAACGAGAGUAGAAUACUCAGAAAAAAAUAUGACUUCAUGCCGCACGUGAAUUUUCCUACGUUAAAUUUAAGACUGCAACAAAGCAAAGCCUCUUCUUUUUACCUGUUGUCUAGUCAUUAAAACGUCGCGUUUUUAAAUAUGCCGAAUAAAAAAAUUAGAAAUCGAGAUGGACGAGACAAAGAUUUCUUCGCAGACGAAAUAUCAUCUAUCGGCAUGUCUUUACGACCGAGCGGAAGUGCAUCUUCUGGCAUUUCAAGCUUGGCAAGUUGUGGCGAAGUUGACAACUUGCCUGAGCUGCCACCACAAGAUGAGGAGAGACUGCAACGAGCUGCGAGAUUAUUGCAGCAGAGACUGGUCUUGCGUCAGUGGUUAGCAGACCAUGGCCUUCAUAAUUAUUAUCAGAGGAUAAUGCAAAUGGAAGUAGUAUCUUUGGAAGACGUUUACUGGGUGGAAGACAAUGCAGCACGUUCGGCUUUGGGAAAAGAUCUUCCUAAGUGGGUUCAAGCUCGACAAACUUUGCCAACAUCUAAGGAAGAUUUGGAAGCCCUUAAAGCAGAUCUUUGGAGUUCUGUUGUCAAAAACAGUCAACACCAGGACGCUUGGACUUGGGGCGGAAUGUUGGUAGUGUCAGUCUCAGUGGCAGGUCUCGUCACCCUGGCAGCAAUGACACAACCGGCUUUGGCUCCAGAAGCAAAACAUUCACUUCUGCAAUAUGUCACGGGAAAAUAUCUUUUGCCCAGUAAUUGUCGUGUUCAUUUCGAAUGGGAGGAACCUCAAUUAGUUGGAGAAACAAUGACAUUUACCGUUAAAUUUUAUCAGCGAAAUGGCCAGCCAUAUCCGAUUUGCGACAAGGACAAUCUCAUUGUCGAAGUGACAGAAGGAGCUCGAAGAGUAGCAACUUUAAUAGAAUUAGGAGGAAUGGAUCCUCUUGCGGCAAAUGCAGCAGUUGUUAAAUUUACUGUCCGACAUGCCGGACAAUAUCGUAUAGCCGUUCUUAUCGGUUCCUGCCACGUUUACGGCAGUCCUUUCCUUAAAAUUUUUCUUCCCGGACCUCCAGAUCCAAAUAAAACGGUCUUCGUGCGCCAGAGCUCGACGGUCGUUUGCACUGCUGGCGUUCCCCAUUCAUUAACAAUUGAACCACGUGAUGAAUACGACAAUCUCUGUAUAUUUGGUCCUGCAGAUAAACCCACGGAAGGUUAUGAUGUAAAUAUUACACAAAUCGGUAGUGUAGGAGGAGAAGGAGAGGCAGUGCCAGUGGAUUGUAAAAUUCAACUUGAUUAUGAUUCACCAAAUCAAAGGAUUCGAUUGAAAGUCAGUUUUCCCAGCAGCGGAUGUUUUCACGCCACUGUCAGCUUAAAUGGCCUACAACUUCACAAUGGUGACUUUUCUAUAAUAGUCCUCGAGAGUGCUGUUAGUAGAGCUGUUCAUCAAAGUGUAGCGUCAAAGAAUUUUGACACUUGUUAUGCGGCGAAAUUAUUGGGAAUGCAAGGCGAACGAUUCGCAAAACCAAAGAAAGUCUUUUGUUUCAUUUCACCCAAACAAUUGACAAUUAAAGAAUAUCUUCUCAGGUUUAUACCCAAGCGCCUUGUGACAUUUCGACUCUGUCCUUCGACGAAGUUUUACUUUGAAAGUUCAAACAGUGAUUCGUUUACAAUCGACGAUGGUUGUCAGCCUCCAGUUGAAUUGAUUUCACAUUAUCGUGAUAUCAUUGCUGCCACGUUUACUCUAUUUUUACUGAAAAAUAUCGGAGGAAGUGAGACAUUUGCCGAUAAACAGGAUUUCUUUUAUCAUGAAGUACGAAAACAUCAUCAAAAACAUUAUCACGAGAAAUUAUCAAUGAAAAUUCAACGUGAAAAGCUACUUGAAUCUUCUAUGAAGGCAACAAAAGGCUUUUCCGUUAGCGAUUGGUGUAGGAAUUUUGAAAUUACCUUCCAAGGCGAACAAGGAGUCGAUUGGGGUGGCGUUCGUCGAGAAUGGUUUGAAUUGAUUUGCGCGUCGCUAUUCAAUGCAGGCAAUGGAUUAUUUUCGUCGUCAGGCGAUUCACAACAGGCGUUGGUGCAUCCGAAUAAUAAGCGACCGCCUCAUUUAAAAUUGAAACACUAUGAAUUUGCUGGUCGAAUUGUUGGUAAAUGUCUCUAUGAAUCGGCACUUGGUGGCUCGUAUCGGCAACUCGUGAGGGCACGUUUCACUCGUUCAUUUCUCGCACAAUUAAUUGGUCUUCGCGUUCAUUAUAAAUAUUUCGAGCAAGACGAGCCCGAUUUGUAUUUGAGUAAAGUGAAAUACAUCCUGGAGAAUGAUGUCGAGGAAAUGGAUCUUAAUUUUCUUGAGGAGGAAUACGAUAAUGAAGGACAAUUAUUGAAAGUUGCUGAAUUAAUUCCCGGUGGUGGGAAAAUUCGUGUCACUAAUGAUACGAAACUUCGUUAUCUUGAUGCAUUGGCGCAACACAGGCUCGCCAGUUCGUCGCGAAAUGAAAUUGAUCAUUUUCUAAGGGGACUUAAUGAACUCAUUCCCGAUAAUCUUCUUGGUAUUUUUGAUGAGAAUGAACUCGAGUUGCUUCUGUGUGGCACUGGCGAAUAUAAUGUGGCGGAUUUGAGAGCUCAUCACAUAGCGAAUGGAAAUUCGAGUGAAUUUUUACGUGUGUUGGAUUGGUUCUGGACGGCGGUCAGUAAUUUUACACAAGAAGAAAUGGCGAGAUUACUGCAAUUUACAACUGGAUGUUCACAAUUGCCUCCGGGUGGUUUUCAACAAUUGAGCCCUCGAUUUCAAAUCACAGCUGCACCGACUUUCGGCAAUCUUCCCACUGCACAUACUUGCUUCAAUCAACUUUGCUUGCCUGACUACGAGUGCUACGAUAACUUUGAAAAGGCUCUUCUACUUGCAAUCAGCGAGGCCGAGGGCUUCGGAAUGAUUUAAAAUAAUGGAUAAAAUAUUAGGAUCUACAUUCCUCUAGUCUAAUUUCUCAAUCUAGCUCAAAUUGUUAAAAGCAUUUUUAUUUUUCGCUCAACGUACGAAUACGUUUUCUACUGUAUAGAUCUCUUUUAUUUCAAUAGUAUUUGCUUUCGAAUAUUAAUUAUUAAUUAAUUUUUACUAACAUAAUUAUUUAAUUAAAAUUAUAAAUUUGUUUAAUAAUCUUCAAAAAGUUACUAGGAUCAAUUCUUUUCUAUUUAAAUAGAAAAUAAUAUUUGAAUGAAAUAAUUGAAAAAAAUCUGCGUGAACAAAUGAACUAAUUUCCAAAUAGAAGGAAAACUUGAAUAUUUAUUGAAAUAAAAAAAAUAGAGAAUAUAUAAUUAGUUUAUAAAUUUGAAAAAUUGAGAUUUGUGAUAUACAAUAUAGAUUAUUAUAUCGACUAAGUGAUUGUUAAACUUCGUAAUUGCGAUUUUUUCUUUAUACAUAUAUACACGAAAGCUUCACUAUUACGAACACAUUAAUUUUGUCAUUGUUCUUUAUUUCUAGACAAGGAAACAGCAUUGUGCGAACAUUUUAUAUAUUUUUUUACGUUUUUCUCUCUUCGCUCACAAAAACUACAAACAGAUAAUGAAAAGAAAAAAGCAAAAAAAAAAGAAUAGUCAAAAAGUAUAGAAUAUUUUCUAGAUUGUUUAGAGAAUGUAAAAAGUAUUUAUUAUAUAGUUAAUAAUUAGAAAUGAAAUAGAAUUAUGUCCUUAGUUGAAAUACUUAUAAAUAUUUAUCUGUGCAUUUAAAAAAAUUUAAUUUUAGAUUUUGAAAAGGCUGUUUUAGUAUUUGUUUCUCUAUGUUAAAUAAUAAUUUCGAUAUUUAGAAUCUACUUAAAAAAAAGUAUUUUAAGUGUUAACAUAUUUUAAGAAUUCAACAUAUUUUUAGAAUUAAACAUAUUUUUCAUGGUAUAAUAAUACUACUUAAAAGAAAAUACUUUUAGCGUUUAAUAUACUUUUCGUAUUA